UUGCAGGUUUUUUGAUUUGUUAAAGAUUAUCGGAAAAAGAGCGAUUUCGUUCUUGACGUAACAGCAAUUACACUGAUAAUGUAUAAACGAACCGUCGAGCAUCUGUCUCACUGUCGCACGUACAUCGCGUCUACCCUCCUCGACGAGUGUUGGGUAACGUCAAGCUCGAGAAUUGGGCUUGGCGUCGGGAAACGAGGUUCAAAGAUCAAAGAUCGACAGAAAAUUAUAACUAACGAAAUACCCCGUGUUAAUCACGGUACGGAUUCAGUCGUUCGUCGACCGUUACAGAGUACAUUUCACGCCGUUGGAUCCACUGUUCCUCGUGUCUUUUUCUCAUUCCUCUUUUACGUGUACAUGCACACCGAGGUUACUAAACACAGAACCGUAUACUCACACCAUUCUUGACCCUUGGAUCGCGUAUAGUGAUAAUUUCCUCUUCUGAUCACGGUGGGAAAACUGACCGUUAGUCGACAGGAAUCGUCGAACUCGUUAACAGGAAGACACACGGGACCAAAAAAUAACGGUAGUCACGCUAGUCUAUAUAAAACAGGAGUGUUCGUUAAUUUGCAUCAAAGAGACUACUGUUAAAGUACCAGAGGUACAGUAUCUUUUGGAAAUAAAGGCUGACCGGAUAGAGCCACCAUGAUCGUGGAGGAUAAACAUGAAAUGGAAGGCUUCUGGAUUAGCGGCGCGAUCCACGCGAUCAAGGCGCUUUCCUACGUGUACGAUCUGCUGACGUUCCCGGUCUAUCUGAUUCUUCAACGGCCCUGGGAAAAGAAAAAGGCCUCGAGGAGAAUCAAAGCGCGACCUAUUGCGAGGGACGAGCACAUGAUCACUUACAGGAGCGUUGAUCCCCCAGGACCGUUGCAUAUUGCCCUCGAGCGUGAAAAGGUAGACACGCUCGAGAAAAUGUUGACUUGGGUCGUGAAUAGGCACGGGGAUAAGAAAUGUCUUGGUACCAGGCAGAUCCUUGCGGAAGAAGACGAAGUUCAGCCUAACGGUAGAAUAUUUAAGAAGUACAAAAUGGGUGAUUACAAAUGGAAGUCUUACACGGAAGUUAGUAAGCUGAUGACUUCCUUUAGUCGAGGUUUAAGGGAACUGAAUAUCACAACUCGCAAGAGCAUCGUGAUCUUCGCUGAGACCCGAGCAGAAUGGAUGAUAUCAGCCUAUGGGUGUUUCAAGCAAAACCUGACUGUGGUAACAAUUUAUGCGACAUUAGGCGAUGAUGCUAUCGCUCAUGGUAUCAAUGAAACCGAAGUAGACGCUGUGAUUACUAGUCAUGACUUGUUGCCAAAGUUCAAACGGCUCCUGGAAAAGGUGCCACUAGUUAAAACGGUGGUGUAUAUGGAGGAUCAACUUAAACCCACCGACAUUACCGGUUUUAAGGAAGGUGUGAGACUUAUACCAUAUACCGACGUGAUCAAGAAGGGAAACGAUUCGAAUGCACCAAUGAAUCCACCACAGGCCAGUGACACCGCAAUUAUAAUGUACACAUCUGGUUCAACUGGUGUACCAAAAGGUGUAAUCUUGUCUCAUACAAAUAUCAUCGCUACAAUGAAGGCAUUCUGUAAUGCUGUAGAAAUUAAAGCAGACGAUGUUUUCCUUGGAUUCUUACCUCUGGCUCAUGUAUUUGAACUUCUUGCUGAAAGUGUGUGUCUACUAACUGGUGUACCCAUUGGGUAUAGUUCACCUCUUACAAUGAUUGACUCUAGUAGCAAGAUUCAGAGAGGAUCCAAGGGUGAUGCUUCCGUGUUGCAUCCAACUUGUUUAACUGCUGUACCUCUUAUCCUUGAUCGCAUCUCGAAAGGCAUAAACGAGAAGGUUAAGAAGUCAGGCGCUUUCAGGCAAGCGAUAUUCCACUUUGCUUACCAGUACAAAUUGAAAUGGUCAAAGCGAGGUUACGAAACACCUUUCUUUGACAAAUAUAUCUUUGGAGCUGCGAGGCAAGUUCUUGGCGGACGAGUUAGGCUUAUACUUUGCGGCGGCGCACCUUUAACUCCAGACACGCAUACCCAGGUUAAAAUUUGUCUCUGCGUCACUGUGACCCAAGGAUAUGGUCUAACAGAAACCACUUCCUGCGCUACUGUCAUGGAUGUAUACGAUAGGAGUACAGGAAGAGUAGGAGCACCUACUACGGUUUGCGAUAUCCGUUUAGAAAACUGGGAAGAAGCUGGUUACAGAGUUACAGAUACUCCGCAUCCUAGAGGAGAGAUCGUUAUCGGUGGGGCAAAUGUUUCGGCUGGUUAUUACAAAUUACCAGAUAAAACGAAAGAGGACUUCUUCGAAGAAGAUGGAAAACAAUGGUUCAGAACUGGUGACAUUGGAGAAUUUCAUUCGGAUGGUUCAAUCAAAAUUAUUGAUCGAAAGAAGGAUCUAGUCAAAUUGCAACUUGGAGAAUAUGUAUCUUUGGGAAAAGUUGAAGCAGAAUUGAAGACCUGUCCUGUUGUAGAAAACAUUUGUGUUUACGGAGACCCAUAUAGGACUCACACGGUAGCGUUAGUGGUUCCUAAUCCCUAUUAUCUCGAAGAGAUUGCCAAAAAUCUUGGAAUCGUUGGUAAAAAUAUUGAAGAACUUUGCAAUAAUCCAGUAAUUGAAAAGGCGGUAUUACAAGAGCUGAUUGAACAAUCCAAAAAAUGUAAACUGGAAAGAUUCGAAAUGCCUGGUGCAGUUAAAUUGUGUUCGGAACAAUGGUCACCGGAUAUGGGAUUAGUGACAGCCGCGUUCAAGUUGAAGAGGAAAGCUGUACAAGAACGUUACCAGCACGAAAUCAAUAGGAUGUACGCUUCGUGAUGUCGUCAGAAAUCAUGCAAUAAGUGUUAAGUAUGAAGUGACGUCGAAAUUUAAACUUUUUUUCAUCUUACAAAAUAGUUUUGUGAGAUAAAGUUGUACACGACCAUUACGGAACUUCAAAACUUGAAAACGCAUAUUUUCUCUGUUCUCUUUGCCGAAAAAGUGUCGUGGGCUUUAAUACCAAAAAAGUCCGCUCACCAAAUACAUAUAUAUUAAACAUUAAUGUAUAAGAAAUUUUGUGUCUGUCGAGGGAGAAUUUCGUCGCUCUCAAUUUAAUUCCAAGUCGAACAGUUUCGAUUUUUCAGCCACGAAAUAUUCAAAUAUUUAUUCCAUAAUUAAACUAAGAGGAUGUGUGGGUAUAAAAGGGCGUCCUGUAAUAUAAUUGUCGUGAUACACAUGAUGCAAAGUGUGAGUGUAAACAAACAAAUGGUGCAGACGAUUAUUCCAUUGGGAAGGUUGUUACUCUUCUUUUAUUUUACAUUUAGUUUGAUCAUAACGAUGUUCUCAUUCCUUGUAGCAGUUAUGGAACUUUACGAAAAAAUCAGUCGGUAGUUGGUCGCGGUAAUUUUGUAAGUUCACAACUAGUUUGGUGUACUUACUUUAAGUAUUAUUCGAAAUCGUUCGAGUUUCAUUUUCGUAAAAAAACAAGUAUGACUUGGAAGAGUCGUUCUAUAUAUAUUAAGGUGUACAUGUAUAUAUAUAUAGAAAAAAAUCGGUCGACGAGUUAGCGUUUACUUAUUAUUAAUGUUAAACACGCAUGGUGUUUCUAACGCCAUAGAAUUAUUCCUUGUUCAAUACCGUCUGUACACUUGAAUGUAACGUAGACUACUCUUGAUUAAAGGGAAGAUAGAGAAGAGAUUCUGUCGUUAUUUGCCUGGGGGAUCCUUGGAAGAGUCUAGAAGACCUCACACAUAAAAAUCAUGAACAAAUAAGGUGAUAAUUUCCUUUAAUUAAGGGAAGUCUAAGUUGCAAGCGACCGUACAUCACCAAUAACGUAUUUGCCUACGAUUUUAAAUUAUUCUAGCGUUGAAACAUCACAAAUUCUUGCUUUGUAGCAGACGGUAUUAAUACACAUCUGGCGUGUUCGUCCCAUUAUUGUGCAUGCUUUACAUGCAUAAUUAUAUGUCCGUAAACGAGGAAAUUAGGAAGUAACGUAUGUGAGUUUAUAAAGAAACGACACCCAUAAUGAGGAAAUUGUUUAGUUGAUUAUUAGGUCUUCCUAUUUGCAUCUUCAUCGUACAUGUCUACUAUUCUCGGUGUCCCGUGUGAUUAGUCUUUUUCCAUGUUUCAGUUUUGUUAGUCAUCAUUUAGAAUCGUUCAACGAGUUCCUUAAUCGAUUAAUGUCACUCCGGAUUAGAUUGGUUUCCAUUAAUUACAUUCGGAAUUGUGUAGUCUUCCUACUAACAUUCACCGUUGUAUGUUUUGUUGUGGUGUACAGCUCUGCACGUGAAAUUAGUUUGCCGUAGCGUUAAAAUAAUGUAUUUUGAAAAUGCUUCUGAUAUAGUUGAUAUGCGUAUAUCUCGUCAAAUGAUUAUCUAAUUGAUUGUAAAUUUCAUUAAUGCUUAUAUUUGGGAAAAUAUAACUCAUUGGACAAGGAUUUUGUAUCAUAUGGUAUCUGCAUUACUUGCGCAUUCCAAUAAUGCUUAUUGUUAGUAUCUAAGAUAUUGAUAUUCGAUGCGCAAAUAUAUAUGAAAGGGUUUAAUAUUUCGCUUCUAUUUUGCGGCUUGUUGAACCGUGACUGUACAAGGAGAGAGUGAAAAAA